GACUUAGACAUCCAACCAAUUCCUCAAAACGCCUAACGUUUAACAUUCCCAUCAAACAAAACCAAGGUUCAGAUCCGACGCACACAGAUCAGAUCUCUCUUCUUCUUUUUCUCUCGAUCAGCACCAGGUAAAGUUGGAGUUUCAAGUGUAAUCUAAGUUUAGCUAUAGAAUAGCUAUCCAAGAGCUCUGGAGAAGUUGCUUCAUUUGGAUUGAAAUAUAUCUUGGUAUCUUCUUAGGGCUUGAAGAGAAUCUAUAUUUAGUUACUGUCUAUUGGUUGAUACCAACAUGAUUUGACAAGUUUGAUUAUGAAGGCAGGUCCUGUGCCUGAACAGUAGUUAAUGCCCUAGCUGUGUUAUGCACCCCAAGUGAACUUAUGUUGUUGGAUUUGGGGACAAGUGAUGAUAUUAAACUGCAGCUGGCUGGACAGAUUUGUCUUGGAGUACAAACAUGUAUACAACUCGAUAUACAGUAGGAGAUGGUAGUGAGUGAAUUGGAUUUUGAGGGUGUUGACUUAACAGGGAUCCAUGAUGAUGACAGUGAAAGCCUAGGCUCUGGCAUUCGUAGAGAACCUUCCUUUUCGCGUUGGUGUGAUGAUGAUGGAAGGGUUCAUUUGGAUCAGCAAUUAGGUAAUGGAGAUGUCAGCGUAGAAGAAGACUCUGAUUUUGAGUUACCUUUUCCUCAAAAGAAUGAGUUACAAAGCAGACCUUUAGAUAGAGAGACAUUCUUUCACCAAAAUUUUCAGCACAGUAUGCAAAUGAAUGGUACUGCUACUAUGGAUGAUGAUUCUAUUUAUCGGAGAGGUCAUGGAUCCGAGAAGUACGUGGCUUUUGACAUUGAAAACAGUUCUGAAAGGGGAACAGUUGGUGUUGACUCCUACGUUUCUGUCGCUGGCGAUGGAUCAUUGGGAAAAAGCUCCCACAAUCCCAUUUCUGUAGCAAAUAUCUUGAAGACGUUGUUUUUCAUUCUUGUGUGGUACACUUUCAGUCUAUUUUUGACCUUGUAUAAUAAAAGUCUUUUAGGAGAUCAUAUGGGAAAGUUUCCAGCUCCUUUUUUAAUGAAUACUAUCCACUUUUCAAUGCAAGCUGUUUUAUCAAAAUUUAUCACCUGGUUUUGGUCACAUAGAUUUGAGACUAAUGUUGUCAUGUCUUGGAGGGAUUACUUUUUGAGAGUUGUACCGACUUCUCUUGGAACAGCAAUGGAUGUUAACUUGAGCAAUGCAUCUCUAGUUUUCAUCUCUGUCACAUUUGCAACAAUGUGUAAAUCUGCUGCUCCGAUUUUUCUCCUUCUGUUUGCAUUUGCUUUCAGGUUGGAGACACCAAGCUUUAAACUAUCGGGCAUCAUCUUAAUAAUAUCCAUUGGCAUCUUACUAACAGUUGCAAAAGAGACAGAAUUUGAAUUUUGGGGAUUCAUUCUUGUUAUGCUUGCUGCUGUUAUGUCUGGGUUUCGCUGGUGUAUGACUCAGAUCCUUUUGCAGAAAGAAGCCUAUGGUCUGAAAAAUCCACUUACUCUGAUGAGCUAUGUAACUCCAGUAAUGGCACUGGCAACUGCACUUCUUUCUCUGGCAUUAGAUCCAUGGGAUGAAUUCCGAGAAAACGAGUACUUUGAUAAUUCAUGGCAUAUAGCUCGAAGUUGCUUGCUGAUGCUUUUCGGUGGGACGCUUGCCUUUUUUAUGGUACUAACAGAAUAUGUUCUGAUCUCAGUAACUAGUGCUGUCACAGUCACGAUAGCAGGGGUUGUUAAGGAGGCUGUCACCAUAUUGGUUGCAGUAUUGUACUUUCAUGAUGAAUUUACUUGGUUGAAAGGAUAUGGUCUAUUCGUUAUUAUGGUUGGUGUCAGUUUGUUUAAUUGGUACAAAUACAAGAAGCUUCAGAAGGGCCAUGCUGGUGACAACGAUGUGGCAGAGAAUCAAGCAAGAGAUUCUGCAGCCAAAUAUGUUAUUCUUGAGGAGAUGGAUGAACAAGAAGAUGGGAUCUGAAACCUUCAUGGACCAAUUAAUUCAAAUCCAAAUAAUCGCAUGCUUAUGUUUCCCAUUGGAAUUGUGAUGUCAGAGUUCUUCCAAGUUUUCUGAGUAAACAAAUUUUCGAGAUAUAUAGCCUGGCUCCAAUCAAAUUCCACAUCAAUUGUUGCUUGUAUUCUGUCAGAAUAUGUGCUUAAUCAGUUACAGAUUUUGGCAUUCUUUGGAGUUGAUAAGAUACAUGUUGUAAAUCACAACAGGUUGUAAUACAUCAUUUUUCUCGAUUUUUGCUUUGUAGAUUAGGGAAUUUUAUUUUUAACCAUGUUAUCAGUAUUUUGCUUGUAUAUAUGAAGCACGAACACUCUUUUUCUUUUUUACGACACGUGUCAGA